UCACACCUUUCCUUCACAUCCACGAAAUUAAACAGAAUCAAAAUCAAAUCUAAAUCAAUCUUCAACUUCACGCGCUAACUUCAAAACAAUAUUUUUAAAAUUAAAUCCACCGCCUACGACACUCACAUUACUCUCUUCACGUUCUUCUCUCUCAAACAACUAUGGCUUCUCAACUCCUUCAUUUUCCACGCGCUACCGCGCACCGGACCAACCACCAGUUACUUUUCACCACUACCUUGCUAACACGCCGCCAAAUCGAUCCUCGAAAUGGACGAAACAGAGUGAGGAUUAAGGCUUUGAAUGGAGGAGAUUCGUACUUGGACAUGUGGAGGAAGGCCAAAGAGCGCGAGGGGAAGGACAUUGAGUUUCUAAAGAUCGCCGAUACGUUGGCGGAGAUUGAUGGUUCUGAUGGUGAUGAUAAUGUUGGCGGAGAGGAACUCGAUAAGAAGAAUGAGGAGUUUCAGAAGCUUCUGGAAGUUUCAAAGGAGGAGCGUGACCGUAUUCAGCGCAUGCAGGUGAUUGAUCGUGCUGCUGCGGCCAUCGCGGAGGCUCGCUCGCUCCUCGAGCAGAGAAAGGAGUCAGAGUCUUUAGUGAAGAGUGGGAGUGGUGAUGCUAAUUCUGUUGUGAAGAGCGAGAGUAGUGGAGCAAGUUCUGUGGUGAAGAAUGAGAAUGGUGGAGCUGUUGGGGUUCCUCAAGGAGGAACGCAGAAUGUUAGCAUUUUUGUACCUCGGUCAGAAACUUCUGGAAAUGGAACGCCAGGUCCAGAUUUUUGGACCUGGAGGCCCCCUCAAGAGAAUGAUGGAAGUUUGGAUGAUGAAUAUGACUUGCAAAUGGCUAUGAAGUCUCCUGUCUAUCCUUCUACUCACCCAGUGAUGGAGAAAACACAAUCCAUGGAUAUUCUCCCAAUUCCAUUUGAGAGUAAACUUUCCGACACCAACCACAUCGCACUUCCCCCGUUUCAGUCUUUAGUUGAGGUUCUGAAAGAAAAUGUUUCUGAGGCGAGUCAAGCAGCGCCUUCCUUAGAAGAAGAACGCGAACUUGGUGCUCUGUUUUCAGCCCACGCAGCAGAAGCGGCAGAUGCUCUUGACAAGGUUGAUGAAUUAUUUACUCAGGGAUAUAAUCCAGAUGGUUCAAGGUGGUGGAAGGAGACUGGAAUCGAGAAAAGACCUGAUGGUGUGAUCUGCCGGUGGACAAUGACCAGGGGUGUUAGUGCCGAUCAAGAUGUUGAGUGGCAAGAGAAAUUCUGGGAGGCGGCUGAUGAGUUUGGUUACAAGGAACUUGGUUCAGAGAAGUCAGGACGUGAUGCAACGGGUAAUAUCUGGAGUGAGUUUUGGAGGGAAUCAAUGAGGCUGGAGUGUGGCAUUAUGCAUCUUGAGAAAACUGCAGAUAAGUGGGGAAAGAAUGGAAAAGGUGAAGAGUGGCAAGAGAAGUGGUGGGAACAUUAUGAUGCCUCAGGUCAAUCGGAAAAAUGGGCCCACAAGUGGUGUAGCCUUGACCCUCACACACCCCUGGACAUUGGUCAUGCUCAUGUUUGGCAUGAAAGGUGGGGUGAAAAAUAUGAUGGACAUGGUGGUAGCAUUAAGUACACUGACAAAUGGGCUGAGCGGUGGGAAGAUGAUGGCUGGGCGAAGUGGGGUGACAAAUGGGAUGAAAAUUUUGAUCCAAAUGGUCAUGGAGUCAAGCAGGGAGAGACAUGGUGGCAAGGUAGGCAUGGAGACCGCUGGAAUCGUACUUGGGGUGAGCGUCACAAUGGUUCCGGAUGGGUUCACAAGUAUGGAAAGAGCAGCAGCGGGGAGCACUGGGACACAAAUCAGCAGCAAGAGACAUGGUACGAGAGAUUUCCACAUUAUGGCUUUUAUCACUGCUUCGACAACUCAGUCCAGCUCCGGGAAGUUCGGAAGCCAUCCGAGUUUGUUGAGCCAUAAUUUCUCAUGUCUUCAGGUGGAAAGGAAAUAUAAAGGAAGUCAUAUGUAAUAAAGAAUCAAUAGUUCCUUGCUAAGAAAAUAGUAUUACACAUGAAUAACAGGUUUUUUUUUUUUGUACUAUUAGUGUUUUUCGCACUUUUUGGAUUAACUUAUGAACAGAUUUCUUUAUUCUCUCCUUUUUUAUCAGUAUAAUGUAAUGCGUUGUGCCCUUAUAAUUUUUCAA